AUGGGUGAAGGGGAGGGGGGAUGGACGCUCUCGCAUAGCGGUGCACUCAAAGGCGCUUCGUCGCUCUCUGAUCCGCAGCCAGCGCUGCGGGAUGCGGGAGGCGGCGGCGGUGGCGGCGGCGGCAGCAGCGGCUCUGGCGGCGGCGACGGCGGCGGCGGCAACGCUGCUGCUGCUGGCGGCGACAGGCGGCGCCGGGCGGCGGUGGCUGUUGGCCGGCCGGCCGGGCCGGCGGCCUCCGGAGGCGGUGGAGCGGCGGCGGCGGCGGAGGAGCGCAGAGGCGGCCGCGGUGGCCGCGGCAGCGGCGGCGGCCGCAGCGGAGGCAGCGGCGGCGGCGCAGCAGCGGCGGUAGAACGCCGAGGCGGAACGCGGAGGCGGCGGCGGCGGCACGCGAGCGGAGCGGACGGGGCGGCGGCGGAGAGCGCGACGCGGCGGCAGCGCGGUGGCGGCGGGGGCGGGGCGCCGGGUUGGGGCGCACCGGCGUGCGGCGCGCCGCGCGACGCGGGGCCUGUGGCGGUCGCGCCGCGCGCCGCGCGCGCGGCCCGCUGUCGCCGCCGCUGCCGCCGCCGGUCACGGCCCCGCCACCCGUGCUGCCCCCGCCGCUCGCCCGCCCCCGCGGCUGUCGCGCCUCCGAGUUCCUCUGCGACACGGGCCAGUGCGUGGCGCUGGACCGCUUCUGCAACGGCGCCGACGACUGCGGGGACAAGUCGGACGAGCCUCGCUACUGCACCCUCGCUCUUCACGCUGUCCACGUUGGCAGCAGUUGGGGUGAAGGUGGAGGUGGUGGAAGGGUUUCUGGUGGUAAUGGAAGGUUGUUGGUUUCGGAGGUGUGUGGAUGGUGAUAGUAGACGUGUGAGAUACUCUGCAGUAGAGAUAGUUGGGGUUGUAGUCAUUCUCGAUGGAGUGAUCGUUCGUAGUGAUUGUGAUGAUGGGGGUGAUGGGGGUGAUGGUGAUUGUGUGGCUGAACGUGAUGGUGAUUGUGUGGCUGAAAGUGAUGGUGAUGGUGUUGACUGUAACGUAGGUGGUAUCAGUGGCCGGGAUGCUGGUAAUAAAUGUUCUGAUGUCAGUGGAGGAUGA